GCCUCGUUCCCGCCCCGCUCACUCCGCUCCACCUGGCGCACUUUUAUUUCGACUUCUUCUUAUCUCGCCCAUGACGAACUCCUCACACUCAAAACACGGAUUAUUUCACCCACACACCCGUCACCCACUGCACCGUUACUGACUAAGACAACUCACUCACUUUACCAUUCACCGUUUCACACUCACCCUUCUCUCUAUCUCACGCAAACACUCACACUCACCCAAACACUCACACUCACCCUCUCUCUAGCUCAUGCAAACACUCACUCACCCAAACACUCACACUCACCCAAACACUCACCCUCUCUCUAGCUCACGCAAACACUCACACUCACCCACUCACCCUUCUCUCUUGCUCACGCAAACACUCACACAAACACUCACCCUUCUCUCUAGCUCACGCAAACACUCACUCACACUCACCCUUCUCUCUAGCUCACGCAAACACUCACUCACACUCACCCAGACACUCACCCUUCUCUCUAGCUCACGCAAACACUCACACUCACCCAGACACUCACCCUUCUCUCUAGCUCACGCAAACACUCACUCACACUCACCAAAACACUCACACUCACCCAAACACUCACACUCACCCUCUCUCUAGCUCACGCAAACACUCACUCACACUCACCCAAACACUCACACUCUCUCUCCGCUCACGCAAACACUCACUCACACCCAAACGCUCACCCUCACAUUCACACGCUUACCCUCUCUCUCACCCACGUGCGACACCGCCACCACCACCACCACUUCCUCCUCCGCGUCUCGGCUCUUGUCUCCCGCCCGAGAAGAGAUGCUUCGUGCUCGCCACCUCACCCCUCGCCUCACUCCCCGCGUGCCCUCUCAGUGAGAGGUGGAGCUGGUGGUGGAGCUGCUGGUGGUGGAGCUGGUGGUGGAGCUGGUGGAGGUGGAGCUGGUGGUAGAGCUGGUGGUGGAGGUGGUGGUGGUGGAGCUGGUGGUGGAGCUGGUGGUGGAGCUGGUGGUGGAGCUGGUGGUGGAGCUGGUGGUGGAGCUGGUGGUGGAGCUGGUGGUGCAGGUGCUGAGGACACGAUGUCAGCACGUGGCAUCGCUUCACCAACGUCGCCCGCCUCUCCCGCACCGCUCCUCGCCAACGAGGGCGACGAUUGGGACCCCGAGUGUGACGACGAGGCGGCUCUACUCGACCCCGACGACCGCGGGGCCCCGGGAGGUGACCAUGGAGGAGGCGCGGGGGGAGAUGGAGGAGGUGAUGGUGAUGGUGGGUUUGGCCGUGCGCUCUGCCGCUUGCAAAGCGCCACCGACGUGGACCCAGAGGACACGGGGUCCCUGGGGUACACGGAAGACCCCGUGGACUUCACCGAACCCCGGGGGGAUUCGCCCGGGACCCGCGCCUGGGCCACCGUGGGGGUCGUCUUCUUCAUCAACCUCCUCAACUACAUGGACAGGUUCACCGUGUCCGGAGUGCUCGCUGAAAUCCAGACCUUCUUCAACAUCGACAACAGCCUCUCCGGGCUUAUACCGGCUGUGUUCCUGUGCAGCUACAUGAUUCUUGCUCCGCUCUUCGGAUUCCUGGGCGACCGCUACCCACGCAAGUUCAUAAUGGCCGCCAGCAUCCUCGUGUGGAGCGGCACCACUCUGGGGGGCUCCUUCGUCCAGGAAACGGAGUUUGCGGGGUUCCUGGUGUCGCGCGCCCUGGUUGGGGUGGGUGAGGCCGGCUACUCGACCGUGGCAGCAACGAUCCUGGGAGACCUCUUCGUGGGCUCGACUCGCACGCGCGUCCUCGCGCUCUACUACAGCGCCAUCCCCAUCGGCAGUGGCCUCGGCUACAUCGUGGGGUCAAAGAUCGCCGAGGUGACGGGAGACUGGAGAAAUGCUCUCAGGGUGACCCCUGGGCUGGGGCUCCUGGCCUGCGUGCUCGUGGUGCUCGUGGUGGUGGAGCCGGAGCGGGGGGCGGUGGAGCGGCACAGCUCAGCGGGAGGCGGCCCGGCAGCCAGGCCCCGCACCACAUGGUUCACGGACGUGCGCACGCUGUGCUCCAACCGCAGCCUCGUGUUGUCCAGCCUGGGCUUCACGUGCGUGUCGUUCGUGUCGGGAGCGCUCGCGCUGUGGUCGCCGCUCUACCUGGAGCUGGCGGGCGUCGUGCGCGGCUCCCUGCAGCCGUGCGAGCACCAGCCCUGCCCCGGCUUCAGCAGCGUGAGCGUGGUGUUUGGGGCGCUCACGUGCUGCGCCGGGCUGGCCGGCGUGGCGCUGGGCAGCGAGGCCGCGCGGCGCUGGCGGCGGCACGAGCCGAGCGCCGAGCCCCUGGUGUGCGGCCUGGGCCUCCUCGCCUCCGGGCCCUUCCUCUACGCUGCCCUGCUGCUGGCCAAGAGCUCCCCCGUCACCACCUACGUGUUCAUCUUUAUCGGAGAGGUGCUCCUCUUCUUGAACUGGGCCCUCAUCGCCGACAUUAUGCUGUUCGUGGUUGUUCCCACUCGCCGCUCCACCGCCAACUCACUACAGAUGCUGCUGUGCCACCUGCUGGGUGAUGCGGGCAGCCCGUUCCUCAUUGGAAAGAUCGCGGACUUGGUGCAGCGCUCGGACUCGUGGCUGGGCCGGCUCGAGGCGUUGCUCACGGCGCAGCUGUGCUGCCCCUUAGUGUGCGUGCUGGGUGCCGCCUGCUUCCUGGCCACGGCGCUGGUCCUCCCGCGCGACUGCAGUGCGCUACCGCGCCGAGAUGAGCGCUGCUGCUGAAGAUCCCGGUCACGACCUCCUCGUGCCGAUGCCCGGUGGUCGCGCUGCCACCGUGCGCAUUGAAGACGUGCUCUCCUAGAGAAGCAUACAUCGUCGUCUUUAUCAUCAUCAGCAGCAGCAGCAUCACCGUAUUCAUCAUGAUCAUCACCACCAUCUCAUUGUCGUUAUCAUCAUCGUCGGCAGUAGCAGAAUUAACUGCAAUAGCAUCACUUAUUCUCAGUAUUGUCACACUGUAUAUAAAUAAAUCAUCAUCACCACCACAAUGUCAACGUCACCAUCAUCCACGCCGUUAGUAUUUAGAGGUUGGGAGGGUCACUCCGUGUCGUCGAUGGUGAAUGUAUUUUACACGGCAGCCAAUGCCCAACUUGUGGUUUGUGCCUCCUUGAAUUUGGGAAUAAAAGCGAAUUUUGUGGCUAGUUUGUGGAGUCGUCUGCCUUGCACGGCGCCACCCGCUGCACUCCGUGAGGUCACCGCGCACGCGGGGAUGGGUAAGCUGGCACCGCGGCCGAGAUUUAAGACCGCUUCGUAAGGAUGUGUCGUUUAUUGUUGUCCCCUUGCAUGGCACCAGAGGCAAAACACUGCCCAUAUAUAUACUAAUUAAUUGUAGCAGACGCUGUUGAAAUACUUAAGAAUGUUUUAAAUUAAAGUUGAAAAGUGUUCUUAACACUGCAACCAACGCUGACGUCAAGUUCUUUUCAGCAGGAAAGCGUCACCGAGUCUCGUGACUCCUUUUCAGGAGAGUCUUGGAAUCGAGAACACGGCUGGCACGUGUCGUGGAGCUGAGUGGGACGUGUGUGCAGGCUUGGGGUCUGGCGAUCGAGGGGAAGAGAAGACCUAAGGGGCUGUCCAUAAAUGACGUCACGCACCUGGGGGGGUGGGGUGUUAGACAUUUGUGACGAUGCGUGACGUCACAUCAAAAUGCACAACUUUAAAUAAAUAUAGGCAAACGUUCCACUUAAUUAAAUAUACGUUUUAAUAAAUGUAUUCUCCUACAACAUCAGCGUGCAGCGCCACAUUAAAUACGCACUACAAUGACAAUAGUCUAAAGCGAUUUGAAGCAUGUUUUAUUUGGGGGGGGGGGCAGAGCUUUGUGACGUCGUAUUUGAGGGGGCGGUCUGACUUUUUUGUGACGCCGUGACGAGGGGGGGGUCAAAAAUCGUCCAAAAUCGCGCGACGUCAUUUAUGGGCGGCCCCAUAAUACCGUCAGCAAGUUCGGUGAUUCCAUCGCAGUCCGAUUUUAUUGUACCACAGCGCCCACUGGUGGCGAAGAUUUGAAACUUGAAAAAAAUACAUUUCGAUUUAAAGCUUUCGUGACUGCAGGGAUUCAUAUUCUUGGUUCUUUCGGUUAAGUCACGUAGAAGGGAAAUAAUAAAAUAAAAUGAAAAUAAAUAAAAAUAAAACAAUAAAAUUAUCUUCCUUGUUUUAUUUUUAUUAACAAUACAACUAUCUUUAUUGUUUUAUUUUCAUUAUUUUAUUAUUUUCCUUCUACGUGACUUUACCGAAAGAACCAAGAAUUUGAAAAACAUAUUUUAAACUUUCCUCCCGAUACUCUUUGGUUCUUUUGGUAAAUUCUAGAUUUGAAGCUUUCGUGACUGCAGGGAUUCAUACUCUUAGGUUUUUUCAGUAAAGUCACGUAGGUAAUAAAUAAAAUAAUGAAUCACGACGUUUCGGAGGCAACACAAGUCUCCGUCUUCAUGUGGGACCGUCACAGCUAAAUUUACUGUAAAUUUAGCUGACGAUUUAUUGAUAUUUAUUUUAUUAUUUUAUUUAUAUUUUAUUAUUUUUACCUACGUGACUCUUUCGGUAAAGUGACGUAGGUAGAAAAUAGAGACUGGAUCAUGUGAGCCUUCUUGUCUAUUCCUGCAGUCACGAAAGCUUCAAAUCAAGAUUGAACCACGUCGACGGUGAGGGUUCCCACACAUCUGUUAGAGAUUUGUGAUUUCGAAAAGUUGUUUUGGUUUAGGCCAUGUUUGUUUGUUGUAGUACGGAGUUAGAAUGAUGGCUUUAAUCUAAGUUGUCUUGUGGUUGUUGUUGUUGUUUGACUUGCAUCCCACUGGGAUUUUUGCACAGCGUUGGUGUACGGUGCUUUUUAAAAUCCUUUAUAAAUCCUAUAUAUUAAGUUCGCUUGCUUGCUUUGAACCGUGCAAAUCUUUCGGUCGUUUUUUAACCCACUUCCCGUGAUCCAAUCGAGCUGAUAUUUUGCACACAGACUCGUUGUGCGUGACAAUACAUUUUUGAAAAAAAAACUCAAAAAUUUUACACUGUUUAGGGGAAAAAUGUUAAAUAUUUAAUUACCAAUUGUUUAAUGCUGCCAGACAAUCAUCUGACCCAUAGGUGGCAGCCAUCUCAAGCCAGAGGACGAGAGGACUCUAGCCGCCCCGAUGCCACGCAUAUAAAGGAUUUAUAGUAAAAAACUUUGUUUUACGGGUUAACUUGUUCUGCAGUUUUUUCCUGGAUUUUUCUGUUGGCGCAUACUCACUUAGAGAUGUUUUCGUGUUCAUGUUUUUGUUUUCUGUUCUUAGGUUUUUUCGGUAAAGUCACGUAGGUAAAACAUAAUUACUUCUAUUAAUUACUUCUAUGAAUUAAAAAUUACUUACGUGAAUUUACCGAAAAAACCUAAGAGUAUGAAUCCUUGCAGUCACGAAAGCUUCAAAUCUAGGAUUUGUUUUCUGUUUAUUGCGGUUGCACCCAAUUCAAGAGCCGAAUGGCUCACAGGGCUAUACCAAAUAAAUAAAUAAAAAGCAAUAGACUACGAGACAAGAAGGCUCACGUGGUCGAGUCUCUAAUUCUACCCACGUGACUUCCUCCCGACCUCCCCCACUUAUCAUCCUUCCCGGUCUUUUCUUGCCCCGUGUCUCUGUGUUGCAGGGUCAAUUCUCUUCAUAUCAUGGCACCGUCUCUCCAUCUAUCUCGGGUUUCUUCUCAACUUUGCAGGUCUUUCCUCUGUCUUCGGUAGGCGCCGUGGCCCCCUUGUCCCGUUCUCCACCUUCGCUCCAUCAUAUCGCAUAUUCAGAGUUUAUCCGUUCAUUUGCCGUCGCUGACCGGGAAUUCGAAC